CACUCUGCAGAAACAUUAAGUACUAACUCUCGCGAUACUCUACUUGAUCCCGCUCCAUCUCCCUGGAAGAAAAAAACGGGCACUCGUCUCGCAUCACAGGCGGAUGACGCGGCGCUGGGAGCUCACACAAAAAGAGGCAUGGAGCAGAGGUGAGAGUCGAUCCAUGGAUGUCCAGUUUCCUGCAGUGCAGCAGCAGCAGCAUGAUGAUAACAAACCAGCCACAGACUCCAUCUUUAUAUCUAUCGCCAUGGUGAGAGAGAGCUACUGGACUCUGUUGCUAUGGUGACCCUGUAACAAUCUGUUGCCCCGGUGACCGCAUGAAUAAAAGACCCAGUCGCCAUGGGAACUUCCAGGAUGUUCCGCAUCUUCGUGGUCCUGGGCUCGGUUUUCAUGAUCCUCCUCAUCAUCAUUUACUGGGACGAUGUGGGGGCCUCUCACCUGUACCUGCACACCCCCGUGUCCCCGGGCCCCAGGAUCCCCCCGCCCCCUCCCCCCCGCCAGCAGCCUCACACCUCGCGGACGCCAUCUUUCCUGUCCGACAUUGACGCCUUCGUCAACCAGUUCCUGGAGCCGGGCACCGGAGAACCCACUGAUCCCGCCCCCGCCGACUCUGGUAACCAAUCAGAGAAGGCCGAGGAGCGGUACAUUCCACGGAGGGAGUGGAAGAUCCACCUGAGUCCUGUGGCAGCCGAGCUCCGAGAGAGACAGGAGCAGCGGCGGAGAUUACUUCAGGAGAUGUGCGCUAAUGACAGCGUUGUGUUUCCUGGCAAAAACCGCUCCUUUGACGACAUUCCCAACAAGGAGCUGGAUCACCUCAUCGUGGACGACCGGCACGGCAUCAUCUACUGCUACGUUCCCAAGGUGGCGUGCAGUAACUGGAAGCGCCUCAUGAUCGUCCUGAGUGAGAGUCUGCUGCGGGACGGCGUUCCUCAGAGAGACCCGCUCUCCAUCCCGAAAGACCUGGUGCACAACAGCAGCAUGCACUUCACCUUCAACAAGUUCUGGAAACGCUACGGCAAGUUCGCUAAGCACCUAAUGAAGGUGAAGCUGAAGAAGUACACCAAGUUCAUCUUCGUUCGUGACCCCUUUGUGCGUCUCAUCUCCGCCUACCGGAACAAAUUUGAGCUGCCCAACGCAAAUUUCUACCUGCGCUUCGCCCAGGUCAUGCUGCGUCGCUACGCCAACCAGCCGACGCCUCCCGCCUCCGUGGACGAGGCGUUCGGCAUGGGCAUCCACCCGUCCUUCCCCAACUUCCUGCAGUACCUCCUGGACCCGCAGACGGAGAAGGAGAUGCCCUUCAACGAGCACUGGAGGCAGGUGUACCGCCUCUGCCACCCGUGCCAGAUCCAGUAUGACUUCGUGGGCCAUCUGGAGACGGCGGAGGAGGACGCCGAGCAUCUGCUGCGCCAGCUGAAGGUGGACAACGUGGUGGAGUUCCCCACAUCCCGUAGGAACUUCACGGCCAGCACCUUGGAGGCGGACUGGUUCAACACCGUGCCCCUGGAGACCCGCAAAGAACUGUACAAGCUGUACGAACCCGACUUCAGACUCUUUGGAUACGACAAGCCGGACUCCAUCCUCAAUGAGUGACACACACACAGAACGUGCUUUUUUUAAUGUGUCUUUAUACUUUUACUCCAACAGCAGACACACCUCCCCUUGUUCUGGGCUUUGUGUCCUCCAAUCUUGUAUGACCUACACUGAAUGUACACAUUAGGGCUGCACAACUUACCCCCAGUUUCCACCGGGUCCGUCUGCGCCGCGUUACGGCUGCGCCGCGGCGGUUGUAAGGAUCGCGGCCACUCUAGUCAAUGGGUGCUAUUCCACCACACGCGCCGCGUUACGGCUCAGACGCGUCCCAGAAGCGGCUCGGCGCAGCGCUUCUCUAAAAUUAGGAUGAAGCCUAUUUUUGCCGCGCCGCAGCCGUAACAUAAGGUCGGGCAGGCAGCCCCCCCUCGCAGGAAGUGGAAAGGUGAGCAUCCGGGCCAGGCCCAUCCCCCACAUAUACUAAUUUAGCAGACCCCCCUCCUUCAUCACAACACCUCCACUACGAUACGCACAAUGGACGACGAGGUUUUCAUCAUGGA